CAGCUUGAUGACGUAUUUAUCCUCCUCCCUCACUUCCUCUCUCGUUGUUUGGUGGAUUUGGAUGAGGCAUUCCUGACAGCCGUCGCGACAAGUUUUACUGGGAUCACCCAUGCCGUGGAAUAAUAUUGAUACAGGGUAAUGGUGUGAUGCCGCCAUCCAUCAGUGCAGGGCGGCAGGAUGUGAUGUGACCCCCCCCCGCCACCUUCUCCAAAAUGUUUGAAGUCAAACCAAGAGCGGUGGAGAAGAAGGAGUCCAGCACUGAGACAGAUGAGGGCCUGGGCAGCAGCAGUCGGCAUUACUCUGGCUCGGUGGGGUCUGGUUCGGUGGGAUCCGGAUCCUUUUACUUGUCAGACAGCCAGGACUGGGUGGUUUCUCCGAGUUGCUCCCCAGAUGAAGGCUCCACCCAGCACAACGCCAUCUCCCCCAUCCUGGCAGAAGAGACUUUCCGCUACAUGACAUAUCUUACUUUGGACCAUCACUCUCAUUCCCACCUUGCCUCCCAAAGCCUCUCGAAAGUCCUCGCCUCUGAUCGCGUGGAGCAGAUGACCAAGACCUACAAUGACAUCGAAGUGGUCACUCGUUUGCUGGCUGAGCGGGACAGAGACCUGGAGCUGGCAGCUCGGAUCGGGCAGUCACUUCUUCAGCGGAACCACCUGUUGCAGGAGCGCAAUGAGGCAGUGGAGGAACAACUAGCACAAUCCCUGGACCAGGUACACCAGCUGCAGCAUGAGCUCAGUAAGAAGGAUGAGUUGCUGCGGAUGUUCGCCAGUGCCUCAGAGGAGUGUGAAGCAGACUCCAACACGUCAACCCCAGUGAGGCAGCGUCAGUUAGCGGGAGGAAGCGCCGCCAUUGCCGCACUCGGCCAGCUGGAGUCAAUGCAGUGUAAGCUGCAGGAGCUGGAAGAGGAGAACUUGGCUUUGAGGUCUGAGGCUUGCCAACUGAAGAGGGACACCAUCACCUAUGAGGAGAAGGAGCAGCAGCUUGUGAGCGACUGCGUCAAGGAGCUACGUGAGUCCAACAGCCAGAUGGUGUCUCUGACUGAUCAACUGUCCCAGAAGAACGAGGAGCUGGUCCGACACCAGGAGGAGAUUGCGCAGUUGCUCUCCCAGAUUGUGGAGCUGCAACACAGAGUCAAAGAGCUGGCUUUGGAGAAAGAGGAGCUGAGGAUCCAUUUGCAGGCUUCCAAAGACGCGCAGCGACUGCUCACGGCAGAGUUGAACGAGCUGGCGGAGAGGAAUGCAGAGUGUGCAGAGAUGCUCCAUGAGUCCCAGGAAGAGAUUAGGGAGCUUCGCAACAAAAACACCCUCUCCUCUGGGAUGCGACAGCACCUCUCCUAUGGCGCCUUCCCCAUGGAUUCGCUGGCUGCAGAGAUUGAGGGUACUAUGAGGAGAGAGUUGAGUGUUGAAGAAGAAACUGCAUUUCAAGACCAAAGAAUCUCCCACAAGAGGGUUUUCCAGACAGUCCGCUCCGUCAACGCUUCAACAUCCCGGCCAAGUUCGGCCACCCCCCCAAUUCCUGGUUCUCGUCAGAACUCUCUGGUGAUGACUGCACAGCCAUUCCAGUCUACUCGGGGGGACGAGGUUCCCAUGGGCCACCCGGGCUCUCCAGGUGGAAAUGACCUCACCAAAGCCCUCCAUCGCUUGUCACUGCGACGGCAGAACUUCUUGUCGGAGCACCAGUUUUUCAAGGUGGAGCGUGAAAAGAAGCUGCAGGCUCUGACCGCGGCAGAGGCUCACGAGGCGGGAAGCAGCUGCAGCUCGCCGAUGGGCAGCUCGUUCUCCUCUUUUUCCAACUUGUCAGAACUCUCCUUAGGUUCCAGCGUUUUUAAGACCUUCCUACCGGAGAAGCUGCAGAUUGUCAAGCCCAUGGAAGGCUCCUUAACACUCCAUCACUGGCAGCAGCUGGCCAAACCCCACUUGGCCACCAUCCUAGACCCACACCCAGGCGUCGUCACUAAGGGAUUCCGACCGCUUGCCCAGGAUGCCGUCUACCGCCUCACUGACAUGGAGGAAGAUGAGGAAGAUGAAGUGAAGGGAGAGAAAGAGGAGACUGGUGUCUUGGAGAAAGGUGCAGCAGAGCAAGGCAAAGAUGAUGAAGAAGAAGAGGAGGAAGGCGGCAUUGUUUUUAAAGUGCACUGUUCAUCUACGCUGGAGGAGAAGAAAGACAGAAAGCAGUCAGCCACGCGUCUUCCUACCGCUCCUCUGUCAACCUGUGUGGCUGAGACCUCCAGCUCCUCAGCUCACCUUCAUCCAAAUAUCCCCACUACACCAGUCCAAUCCAGCACAUCUGCCUCAGUCCAAAAUCCAGUCAAGUGUCAGAGCUCCACAUUUGCCACCUACACUUUCACCAUGUGCCGCAUCCUGCACCCGAGUGACAUCACACAAGUCACUGCAAGUUCACAGUCGUCUCUCGGUGCCAACACACCCAGCUCUUUGAGGACUGGACCCAGUACCCCUCUGACUCCCUGCAGACUCAGUCUUGGAGACUCCUUCCCAGCUCGUCGCCCCGCUGUGGCCGCCGGUGGCUUGGCCAAGUUGGUCCUGGAGAGAGGCAUUUCUGCACAAGUCUCCACAGAAACCCCCCCAUCAUGUCCAAAGCCCCUGCCUCAGCGGCCUCUCCUCCACUUACUCCCAGGUACGCCUCCCAACUCACCCUUGCACUCGCCCGAGUGCCGCCAGCACUCUGCUGACAAUUUUCUGGCGUCAAGGCCGGCAGAGCUUUUUCUGCAAGAUGUUUACGGCUUGAAUCUAGGCCGCGCCCCGCAUCCUGACCUACCCAGCCCACUCCGGGAAAUCCCUGCACGUGGGUCUCUCCCGGACCCGCUCAACGUGAGCUUGCUGGAGAGACUGCGGCACCUGGGGUUUACAAAGGUCCUCCAGGCCUCUGAGUCGCACCAGGACUCGGCCACCUUUGUGUCGGCGGGCGGUGGGAGCCUACUAGAUGGUCUGAGGCGCAACCAGAGCCUCCCGGCAAUGAUCGGCGCACGAGCGGGCAAGUCAGCAGGUCGCCCGACGCCUCCUGCUCACCCCACCUCCCUGGCUCUGCCCCCACCACCCUGGGGAAACCUCAAACAAAGAUGCACAAAGGUCACCUUGAAUGCCCCACCGCAUUCAGGUAAAUGUUGAUGGGGACAGGACAUCCACCAGAACAAGAACCCAGCUCCACCGUCCCUAAGUUCCACCUCUAGCUCAUGUCAGUUCUUUCUGAUGCCUCUCCCCCUUUUUAAGAGAUGAUUUUAAAGCACAACAUAUUUUAACUGACUUCUGAGGGCAUGGAAUCGAUCACAAGUGGACUGUUCAGGUUGUCUUAGAAGACUCUUCGCUUCCCAUCCACACAGGCUUCAUCAGUUCAUGCUCAAAGACUACAUAGGAGAACUCUGGUAUGAUAGGACAGACUGUGGUUUAAUAGCAUAGAUCAAAGACUCGGAUGAGUUGCGGGACAUCUCAGAGAACCUUAACAGUCCAAAUGCGAUUGUGGUUCAAUGACCUGGAUGAAUGACAAUAUAGGCAUAUUUUAUUGACUGUUUUAGCUGCAUUUUUAAAGAUGCAGUGGAACCCGUUUAAGUCAAAUGUUGAUAGCUGUCUGAGUCAGACUAGAGAUGUCUCAUAAAAGACUAGGACAGCGCUAGGCUGACUGUCAAACCUGUCCCAUCAAAGACUGGGUAGGACAACUGUAGUUGGACUAUGUCGACAUUCGCCUUAUUUCUCUGGCCAAAGUCACAAGUAAAUUUUUGGAACCCGUUGAAGUCUACAUGUCAACAGCUGUAUGAGUUAGACUAGAGCUGUCCUAUCAAAGUCUAGGUAGGACAGCUGUAGUCUCAAAGACAGCUGUCGACUGUCAAAUACUAGAUAGGACAACUCUAGUCUGAGUUGGACUACGUCAACAUUCUCUUUAUGUCUCUGGCCAAAGUCACAUGUAAAUUAUUGGAUCCUGUUUAAGUCGACUGUUGACUAUUGAAGACUAGAUAGGACAGCUCUAGUCUUAGUUGAAUCAUGUCGACAUUAGCCUUAUGUCCCUGGCCAGUCACAAGUGAAUUAUUGGAACCCUUUUAAGUUUACAUGUCAACAGCCGUCUGAAUUAGACUGCAGCUGUCUUAUCAAAGCUGUCCUAGACUAGAUAGGACAGCUCUAGUCUGAGUGGGACUGUGUUAACAUUCUCCUUAUGUCUUUGGUCAAAGUCGCAAGUAAAUUAGUAACUAGUAGUAAGUAAUAACGACUGGUUUCAGUUAUCGAGGGAAAGGCUUCUUGAGACGUCAUCUGUACUUCUGUGAAGAAGGUGUCGGACGUUUCGCUCCUCAUCCGAAGAGCUUCGUCAGCGAACUAAUAAGUGCUGGUAGCUUAGGCCUUAAAUACAGUAAGAGUGGGCGGAAUUGGUGUGCCAGCACCCUCCUUCUAUUGGUUCCUUACACUAAGCCUGGGCGGAGUGGUGGUAUAAUCCUCUCCUGCUAUUAACACCUCCGAUAAAAGUGGUUUCAGUUAUGUCGACAGCCACUUAUGUCAACGAGAGUCUGCCAAUGCGAGGGGAUGUCAACUUAAACGGGUUCCGCUGUACACGAUUGUAGCUAUUACCAGAGUGCAAGGGUGUCCAAACUUCACAACUGAGGUGUGGGCCGCACUUUGGACACCCCUGCCUUAGCGGGCUUCUUGUACGUACCUUGUUGAUAGGCUCUGGAUGUGUGUGAUGUGGGAGGAUACACUAUAUGGACAUAUGUAUGGAUAAUUAUUCCUUUAGUGCCAGCACCACAGUCUUUGAACAGAAAGCAGCUUUCCCCCAAACAGAUGUUUGCAUGGAAUCCACCAAAAUGUCUCCUUAAGAUGAAGAAUUAAGAGCAAGGACGGCAUCCCAAUACUUGAGUCAUCCAUUUUCAAUACCACUUGAUUUGGGGCGAGAGGCAGGGGACCGUGAGGCUGACAUGCUAACCACUCGGCCUUACUUGAGUCAAUGUAGUGUAACUUGAAUGUGAAUAGAAGGUUAUGUGGAUGUUGAUUAGAAAGAAAAGCAAAGUGUUUUUUUUAGGGUUUGAGCAACUGGGAAUGGAGUGCUUUUAAGGGCUUCUAGUAUUGGUCUGUAUUGACUGUAAUGUUAUGAUUCUUUGCCAGGUUCAGUAGAGUUAGAGCCCACAAUUCAUACGUUUGACAUCUAAAACAGCCUUUUUGCAGCCUCCAGGUCCUAGCAUGCACCUGUCUGCAGAUGGGCAGGACUUGGAAAGCAAGGUCUGAACCAGUUUUUAUUGCGUUUUUUUUUUUUCUUUUAAAGGUAAGCAACCUUAAAGCAGAAACCAGUGUUGCUCUCAAGCCUUCACCCACUGUCUUUUUAUUAUUUGCACUUUUCCUUUUCAGCCCAAGAACAUGGUCAAGUAUAGUUAAAAAAACAACAAACCAAAAAAAAAAAAACACUGGGGCUGCGUCUCAAAUGGAAUACUUCCAUCAGUACACUUCACACUUGAGUGUCCCAAAUCCGUGACUGUUGUUGUGCACUUACCAGAAAUGGCGAUCACAACAUUCACCAGCUUCUUCUUCUUCUCCUCUCCUCUUUAAUGGUGAAUUGCAACCACUCCAGUUGGGGUGGUAAGUGUCUAUCACUGCACACUGCAUUUUGCAGUACUUCUCAGUGUGAACGCACUUGUGAUCUCAAAAGACUAAAGUGUAGGUACACGCAUGCGCCAGUUGAGACAGAGCCCAAUGCAAUGUUUAGUAAAAAAAAAAAAAGUUUCCUUUUAAUUUGCUGUCAAUUGGUUUUUAAGGACUCCAACACAAACCCGUCCAGAUUUUCACUGAGUCACCUUGUGUUUAAACUUUUAUUUUCACUAUAUAGAUUAUAACCUACGGAUUCGAGACUUAACAGUAACAAUGUCGACUACAACCGUGUAGCUUUUCAUUUUUUGUUUUUUUGGUGCAGAUCAAGAAGAGCAGUGAAAUAAUUUUGUUUUGCCUUUUUUAUUCUUAGAGAAAUUGGAUACUCUGGCUUUUAUGUGUGUUUUUUUAUAUUUUUUUAUUUAUCAGAAUUUGUUACACAGAUAUUUAAUGUGUGUGUUAUUAAGGCUGUAUCUCAAAUGGAAUAUUGCUGUCAGUACACUUCAAGUAUACUCUGUACUCUGUACUUAGUUGCUGAGUGAGCCGAUGUUGACAGUGAGGUGUUGUCCAAAAUCCAGUGACGUGUGGUGAGGUUCAUGGCUGGUGAGGUUUUUUUUGGGAGUUUUUAAAGAUGUUAAGACAGGUUACUCAUGAAGAGUAUAACCAGGAAAAAGAAGAGAAUAAUUCACUAGUUUAAAACAAAUUUCAGAUACUUCUUAGAACCAUUUAUUUGUUUUUGUUAACUGAAAAACAUUUGUGGUUUUGCCUUUACAAUCAUCCCUUGUUACAUCAUGGUUCGAACAUCCCUCACUUUAUUGCAUUUUUUCAAAAAUUAAUUCAUUUAUAAAUGAUCGCUGUUUCGUGGAUGAGUACAUCCUAUUACGGUAGGCCAAAAAAAUGCAUAUCUAAGCAAAUGUUACGUAUUCUUGUCCAAAAGUAAGCAUUUUCAAGCAUUAAAUUGAUCCAAAUGACCUAAAAUACAAAAACAGUUUUAAGCCGAUACAAGAUGUUGAUGAACUGUACUACACUGGCCACUAGGUGCCACUAGUAACAGGCACCAGACUUCAUCACCAUUGACAGGCUGUUAUUAUUUUAUAAUUAUUUAUCCCAGGCAAUAAUAACAUAAUAAUAAUCAUAAAAAUGAUACUAACACGGGCUACUGUUGUGGCCGUACGAACACUCAACUCUGAAUCCCUGACGUCACUUUCUGUCCACACGUCAGGAAAACGUAUUGAAACACACAAGAGCAUGAGUCUUAUUUAUGUCAUAAAUUGCUUAUUUUCUCUGAUUAUAUCGACUAUAUUGGGUAGAAGGACUGUGAAGGCGACUAUAAGGGUGUUAUUUAAUGUCUAGAGGGCUCUAAUAGUGACAAUUUUAUUUAGAAUGUCACAAACAGGUGUCCUAUGCUCAAACUAUGAAAAUAAUCUAUUAACAUUGAAUCCUACUUUGCGAAAAUUCACUUAUCGCGGUCGGGUCUUGAUAAACGAGGGAUGACUGUACAUGCACCCGAUCCUUCUCCCUGGAAAACGUGAUACUUUGUUGUAAAAGUCUGAUCAGCUUCUGGUGAGCUUGGAUAUUAAAUCCUCCAUCUUGGCAGUCAAAUAAAUUAAUUCAUUCAGCACAGCCAAAAAAAAUACCUUUAACACAUUUGACUGCUGCUCUGCAGCUGGUGCUAGUGCUGUCUAAAAAUGGAAAGACGGCAGUGACAAGCACCUUCCAGCUCACGCACGCCUCCACCCCAUCAGGGUGCGGAGAGUACUGCAGGCGCCUCCCGUAUAACAUUUCUAUGUAUUUUAUUGUCCAAUUAGAAAGAAUAGUGAUAUCACACUUGCAUUAUAUACAGGACAUUACAAACAGCAACUGGCAGGCGUCAUGAUUCAACUCACUCAGACGGUAGGCAGGGCUUGCACACUAAGACUAAUCUUAGGUUUCUGUCCUCUAUCAGAUUUGGAAAUGUGCAAAUUAAGUGAUUUUUACUUAAGAAAAUCACACAGGAAAUAUAUUUUAGAAUGCAGUUCAAUAGACAAAUAUGAAUUUUUAUUUUCUGUAAAAAAAAAUUCCUUCAUGCCUCCCCUGGCCACACGUCACUGCCCAAAUUUGUUACUGUUGUACAUAUUUACCCUCGUCUUCUGUUCGCUACUUUCUAGCGCUACGGGUUGCUCCUCAGCCGCCAUUAUUUCAAGUUAGUCCCUCCCCUUUUGCUACACAGCAAAGAUGGCGACUGUUGAGUGUGGUAAAUGUUCACUCAACAUUUCGACCGUUUUGACUGCAAAUUCCGGCCAUUGCAUUUCAACAUACUUCUCAGUAUGAGCACACUUAUGCACUCAAAAGACUAAGUGUAAUUGAGACACAGCCGUGGCAGUUGUUGGGUUUGCGCGAUUAUGUUACAUGGUUAGUUUAUCAUGGCACAAUUUUCUGUAAACAACAUCGAGCUGAUUAAUGACUUGUUUCUUUUUAACAAUAAAGCAGGGGAAAAUAAUUAUUUUA